AUGGUUUUAUUUAACAGUUGCGAGGUUUGAUGCAUGGCAUUUAGUGAUUUUCCGAGUGAACGGUAAAACAUACUUAUGUUGGCAUUGAUUACCGCAAAAAACGAAAUUUUUUGUGAAACGCUUGAAAGUUGUUCUGCAUGACUGGAUAGUUCGUGUUUACAAAUGAUACUUGAUAGUUGGUUCUAGAUAAAGCUUCAAAAUGAAGAUCCAUAUAUAUAUCAUUUUCAGACGCAGUUACUCGAUGACCACAUCAAAGAACUAAAACGUGUCUUAAAACCUGGACAUAAAAGAUUGAACUGGAAUUCACUCGGAAUAAGUGAUUACAUCACUCGAUGCGAUCAGGUAAAGUCACUCACACGACAAAUUUGGUUGCUGAAGUUCAUUUCUGACUGUAUUGGGCCAUUCCAUAUGUGCACCCCCCCCCCCCCCCCCAUUGAAGGUCUGGUAUUCAAUGGGGGAGGAGGUCUUCAUCUUAAAUUUUUCUAGAGGGUGGCUUGAGAGAUUUUUUAAAAAUGACAAAAAUUAGGUAUUUUAGUGAUAUCCAAGGGGGAAAAGCGACAUCCUAAAGGGUACGUUAGUAAGAUAUUCUCUGGGAUAACUUCCACAAAUUGCAUCCAAGGGGGUUCCAAAAUUUUUAUAUCCUAAAGGGAUUAUGAUGGGAUUCCUCAAUAGGGGGGUGCCUCAAAUUAAGUGGAAUGGUCCAUUUGCUAAUAAGUUUCUGUACAGUUUUGAAACGAUUCCGUGCCAUGAUUCGUAUAUACUGUUUGUGUUUUAGGCUUUGAGCAAGUUUGAAUCGCUCGUGAAUCAAGUUCAGAAAAAUGCAAAAGAUAUCAAUAGUCGUUUGAUGUUGCUGGAACGUACGGUUCUGUUUAAACGUUAUCAUCCCAAGUUAGGAUCUGGAUUACCUGAUAGUAAGGUAAGACGUAGCGAUUGUCUGGGGGAGAGAAACGACAGAGAAGCAUGUUGGAAAUGUAGAAAUAUUGGGAAAAAGAGGAUGCUAAAAUCGAUGAAAGGAAGGCAGAAUUUGGGAUCCACGGUAACCCGGUUACCUGCGAAUGACUUGGGCCAACUUAAGGUUCUCAACGCACUGGCGUAUUAGAAAUUUCGCAGUAUGCUUUUGCAAACUUUGUAGUCAGGGGACCCGCUAGUUUUUUUUCUUAAGGGGGGAAGCUAAACUCUUUUUAAUGUUACUUCUGCCAGAUGUUAUGUUUUCAUCUGGGUUUACGUGCAGUCUCUGAGUGCCCUUCUACGCACACGUAAAAAUCUCACAACUUGUUGACGGACAAACCUGUAGCAAGAGUAAUUGUUUACAAGUUGUAACAAGCUUGUUAUUUUAUCAAGUUGUAAACAAACUUGUUCAAUGAAGAUUUUAAACAGUAGCAACUUGGCUUCGUUGGAUUUUUAAACUUUUUACUCAACACGACAAUUUCAAUCGAUUUAGGAAUAUUUUGAACACUUGACCCGAUGUUCUCGGAAAGAGACGGAGACGUUGGUUCGAAAGUAUCGCGCUAUUGGUCCAUUACUGACCAAGAUGGAGGGAUUGGUUGUACAUACUAACUCUGGACGUUCACCGAAACUACAUCCGUACUAUGCGUAUUGGGAAAACUUGAUAUAUGAUGGACUUACUCAGGUAACAAAUUAGAGAAGUGUUCAGAUUUUGAUGGUGCACAAGUAGUAAUUUUUAAACAAAUAUCUUUCAUCGUAUUUUCCAGAUGGUGACUCGUAAUCUGCGUUCAUUUCUCACAAAGCUGCAAUCCAAACAGCCUUUGUUUCAAGUUGAGACCAUCCUUUCUGCACCAGAGAUUGUCCUCAAUCCAUCUGCUGGGGAAAUAUUUAAAAUCACUUUGCAGACUGUACGAGACAGCGUUGAGAGGUAAGCUUUAUCUUGGUCCUCUGGUUCUCUUCCCACAUCAAAGACUAACCCUUAGGGCUUCGGUGGUCUAACCCUUGGGUUUCAUCUCUGAGGUCGUGCGCUUGAUUAUCGCUGUGGACACAUGGCACUUAUGUUGAAAAGAGUCCGUCAACACUCAACCAAACGUCGUGGCUUUCUUCGGGUACUCCGGUUUCCUCCCACAGUAAAUGUAUAGGAGGAAAGCGGAGUAAAUACAUAGUCUUAGUUUUUGUGCACGUGUAUCAUAAGUCUCUAACCUUGGAUGAAUAGAGCAACCACACCUAGGGUGGUCACGGGCCUUGAAAGUGGGUCCUUAAUUUGAAAAAAAAAAUAAUCCAGAUCUGGAAAGUCCUAGCCUGCUCGCUUAGCCCUAAAAAAACCAGUCUUUGAGCAGAGUAGGAAAGCCCGGCCCUUGAAAAUUAUUAAGGGUCCUUCAAAGUCCUCGUAUUUUGGUAUUUCUUUCCAGCUAUGCUGAUAAUAAUCGAACAACUUAAGACUACUCAUUUCGAAUAAUUGAAAAGCAAAAUCCUUGCCAUUUUCAAAGAUUUUUCCUGGUUUAGGUCCUUCAAUUUACUAAAAAACGUCCUAUAGAAAGUUGAGUGGGCCAGCUUUUCGAAAGCCGAUAAGUUAACCUAAAAUUCAAAGCAAACUUCCUAACAUCCUGUUUAUAAAUUUGGAAAUAUAUUUUUAGAAAUCUUGUCUGGACGGUAGGUAGUAUUAAAACAAACGAUUCUUUGUGCAUUGUUUUAGUACGAAACAGUUUGUUCGCUGGAUGCACGGAACCUGUGUUGAAACUCCACCACAACAUGCCGAGGGUGAAGACGAACCAGUUAUGUUCAGUUUCUUCUCUGAUAUCUCUCAUAACUCCACGGUCAUAGAACUCGUACAAAACAUCUCCAAGACGGUGCAAAAUACUUUGGGAUCACUUAAUAAGUUUCUCAGUCGAUGGAAGAGAUAUCGAGUCCUUUGGAAGUUGGACAAGGUUAGUUGAAGCACAGUUCAGUACAGAUGAGCAAGUUGGAGUGAUGAGUGUAUGUACGGUCAAAAAAUUGACAAUUUUUCCCAGCCAUGUUCCAAAACUAGACAUGCCAGCUUCUGGACAAGGAAAAUUUGUUCGUGUGUACGGUUGCCAAGGAAAAUUUGAUAUAUGUACAAGAAAUACUUCUAUGGUUUUGGCUGCCUUGACGUGAGAUAAAUGUUUAACAACAUUCCGAGCACGUAUGAGCAGCAAAACCUGUCAAGCAAAACUUGUUGACCGUACACACGAGGCAAACUUGUUAAGGAAAUUUGUCAAGGAAAGCUUGUUCUGGACGGGGCUUUAGGCUUCAGUCAAACGAGGAUGAGAGUUGAUUAGAGUUGCCAGUCACGUAUUGUUACAGGGGAUAUUUCGAGCUCUAGAUUAACAACAUAAAGGUUUGAUGAGUAUUUCAACUAUGUUUUAACUUAAAAUAGAAUACAUGAUAGUGUUAGGAAAGUAUUAAGAACAGCUAACCAAGAUCACGUGACUACCAACUCGACUCAUGCACUCUCAGGCAUGGAUGUUGAAGGGUUUAGUUGAUAGAAUCUCGAGGGAAAACUCUACCAUAUUUUCGUGAUUUUUCCAGGCUACAAUGGUUGAAAAGUUUGCUGCGAAGAACCCGUCUUGUAUCGAGUACGAUGAGAAGUUGCAGUUUUAUUCAAAUUUAGCGAAUGAGGUUAGUUCUACCAAAUGAAUAUAAAAUCAUCAUUGUAGAAUGUUUGUUGCAAAGUGGUUUGGCUAGUACAUGUGUGCCUUCCAUUUUUGUGACCGGCGUUCCAUUCCUGCUAACCAGUCACUUAUUGUUUUGCCAUAUUUGCGGCGUUAGGCAAAGAGAACAUUGUUUAUCAUUUCUGAUCAUUUUAGGUUGUGAAUCAGCCAAUGUCGAAGGAUAUUGAUUUUGUGCGCCUGCAGUUGGAGCCGCUGGCGUUUACCGUACAAGCUAACGCCCGUGCUUGGGUAAAGGAACUGGGUCGUCUGUUGAACGAAUCUGCGAAACAAAAUUUGAUGUCUUUGAAAAUGGAAAUGGAGGUACCUAGCAAAGGUUCACUGUAGCCUCCAAGGCAACCAAGCCCGCGAGCGCCUGCAUUUCAGGCUAAAGUUCACUGCUGCUGUAACACUCCAGCGAGCCGCGCUGUAAAGUUAAUAAAGCGUUAUCGUUCUUUAGCCACAGUAGACUGUGAUGUAAAAUCAUACUAAACUAUCUGUCUGUCUAUUUAGAAUUUAUCGAACGACUUGAAACGAGCACCAGAUACUUUAGAAGACUUGAAGUUUGUGCUGAGAGUGAUUGCCAGCAUCAGAGAUAUGUCACUGGAUGUUGAACUGAGAAUUAAAGAUAUUGUUGAGAGAUAUAGAACACUACUGGUAUAUGAAAUUGAGGUAUGAAGAUUAUAUACGUGAGUGAUAUUAAAAUAUUGAUUGGGUAAUCUAUUGAUUGAAUGAGCGAUCUAUUGAUUAUUUGGUAAUUGAUUGGUUUGGUUGAUUAUUUUAUUUGAUCAAUUGAUUGAUCUACUAAUUUGAUUUAAUUGAUUGGAUUGAUUGAUUUGGUUCGAUUAAUUGAUUUUAUUGAUUAAUUGAAUUGAUUGAUUAGUUCAAUCAAUUGAUUGGAUUGAUUGAUUGACUAAUUUGAUUGGUUUGAUUAAUUAAUUGGAUUGAUUAAUUGAUUUGAUUGACUGUUUCGAUUGAUUAGAUUGAUUCAUUGGUUUGAUUAAUUGAUUGGAUUAAUUGAUUGAUUGAUUGAUUGAUUGGUUUGAUUAAUUGGUUGGAUUGAUUUGAUUGUUUGCUGUGAUUAAUUGACUGGAUUAAUAUAUUGAUUUGAUUAGUUUGAUUAAUUGAUGGCAUUGCGUGAUUGAUCUUAUUGGUGUUUGAUUAAUUGAUUAAUUUGGUUUAGGUUCCAGAAGCUGAGCUCGAACUAUCAAACUCUAUUACUCAAAUGUGGGAGGAUCUGUUUCUGCAGUCAAAGUGGGUCGAUGCCAGCUUGGUUUCUGUGAAGAUGAAAUUUACUGAAGUAAGUCUGGUCUUAUAUUUGAUAAAGUUAGGUGUUAAAGUUUUGACUAGUAUUUAGUCAGGAUUUUGAGCUUCUCUAAGUGUUCAAGGUUUUUUCAAAGGAUGGAAAUUUCACUUAUUUCCAUCAUCAAAAAACCUCUUCAACAAGUUUAUAUCUCUAUAUUUUUGUCGCUAGAUUACUCAAGAUCAAGUGACGGUGUUUGCUGCUGAUCUUACACAAUUACAGGAGAAGUUUAUCGAAUGUGGACCUAGUUCUGUUGGAAAUGAUUUGGAUCAAGGUGAUCUUCCAUCUCAUAAUUCAUGACCGAAAUCAUGACCGUCAAGGAGCUUGUAUAGCUGAUACAGGAUCUUCCUGAUUUUCAUUAACUUGGAAGUUCAUUUUUUUCUCACCAAAUAUCAUUCGGUUAUUGAAGAGUGUCUGCCAUAGGCCCCAGACUCGUGUGAACGGGCAACCAUACCCGGUGUAAACGAAUUGGAAAUGACAUAAAGUUCCGUUUUUGAGUAACACCCAGCCGGAAAUAUAGAGCCUGCUCGCAAGCUAGAAUAACACAAAUUUUCCGAAGAAAAAGAGAACACGACCCUCGAAACAUUUGCUGUAUUUUUUAAAAAAAACAAUGUUUUUUCUCAAUAUUGUAGGUGUGGAGUUGUUAAAACAGUUUAAAGAGGAGUUUAUGAAAUUUGAAAGAGAACGCCAAGAACUUGCCAAUGCUGAGAAAUUAUUUGGCAUCCCAAUCACAUCAUAUCCAGUGUUGAUGAACAUGGAACAGGAACUCAAAGGAUUGGAGCAAAUAUUCUCGAUUUAUGAAAGACAAAAGGUAAUUGUCCUGGCUAUACACCCUAUGUAUAAAAAUUCCUACCUAAAGCCGAAGGCAAAAUACUAAGAAUUGUUGCCAUUAUUUUCCUGGCCAUGUUUUCAAUUGUGCAAAUUGUCAAACUUAUUUUCAGGCUUUGUGGAAAUAUUAAGCAUCAUGGGACCUCCUGGGAAAGUUUAGCCCUGGACCCCGCGCAACCCCUUGGCGGCCUUGUGUAUAGGCCUUAAAUUAUCCACGUACAUGGCUCCGGCUUCUAUAUCGAAGUCUUGAACUAUCCUACAUCAUUAAUUGUGAUUUGUCCUAUUGAUCUCUCCUGUCACAGCUAUGUUUGUCUUGAUAACAUCGUCAUUAUUUUCCCCGCAGGCUGCCCGGGAUGAAUGGUCGAACACACUGUGGGCAAAUCUGGACGUGAACGUUCUAUCUGAUGGUAUCGAUGGUUUUACUAAAGAACUCAAAAGACUUCCUCGUCAGGUGAAGGCGUUGCCAAUAUGUCAUAUUUUGGAGGAAAAGAUGAAGGAAUUCAAGGAAUCAAUCCCGCUUUUCUCCGACCUCAAGAAUGAAGCUUUAAGGGAAAGGUAUGAUUUUCAUGAAGAUGUCACUUCUGUUAAAGAGACCGGAACGAUUUCAUAAUCUCGCAGAGAUUGGCAGAUGUGAACCGUCAUUCGUUAGAGAUAGACAAUAGAAACUGAGAUUUUCAUUGUUUUGAAAACCUCACUGUCUUCCAUGCCAUCCCGUCACGAUGCAGUGAUCAGAAUGUUCCAUUGUCUUUCCAUUGUUUUGAAAACCCCACUGUUCUCCAUGCCAUCCAGUCAUGAUCCAGUGAUCUGAAUGUUCCAUUGUCUUCUCAUUGUUUUGAAAAUCCCGCUGUUCUCCAUGCCAGCCUGUCACUCAUUGUUAUGACAUUUUACAGUCGGGAUAAAAUAUAUCUGUCUUACUGGAGUCUGCGAGUGUGGGGCAAGCGCGCCCUAUGGAAAAUUUGGUUUCCCCUGCCAGGUUUUUGUAGGUCUGCUAUUGAAGGAACCCUUCCUCUUAAGCUAAAACUUGUAGCAAAAGAUUAAAAGAGUACAUUAUUGCUUUCAGGCAUUGGAAAAAACUGAUGGAACUAACUGGCAUGAAAUUUGACCUGAACCCCGAGACAUUCACUCUGCAAAACAUGUUCGCCAUGGAACUGCAUCGCUUUAGUGAUGUUAUUGCUGACAUCACUGGAAGUGCGACGAAAGAACUGAGCAUUGAGAAAGGUAUUGACUAUUAUAGUUCUAGAUCAGCCUCAUUGCUUACUUAAUUUCGGAAUAACGUAACCAGAAUAUGAUGAUGCAUAGUUUUAAGUUAAGGUCAGAAUUAGGAUUGUUAACGGGUUAGGAUCAGGUUAGGACAGUGGCUUAACUCCUACACUCCGGCCUAGUUGUUGUAGGAAUCCAAUAUUCUUAGAUAUUGAUAGGGACUUUCAAACAUCUUGAAGGAUUUGAAGUGUCAAUGUCCCAUCGAUGCAUCUAGCGACCUGAUGGAGCCCUUUUCAGUUGGAGACAGGGGACGCUUAGCACAAAGUUACGCCAUUGGAUUAAGUUAAAGGUUAUUAUUCAAGUUAGGAUUAACGUUAGGGUUAGGUUUGUGAUUAGGCACGAUAAGUGUUACGAUUAAGAUUUGAGUUAAGGUGUAAGGAUUAGGUUUGAAUUAUUGUUGGAAUAAUGACCAUUUGGUCAGUAUUCCUAUACUCAUCGUACUGAAAUCGUAUAUAAUAAGUUCAUGGAAGAGCCGACCACUUGACAUAACAAUGGUGCAUCAUUGUCUUUUCAUUGUUUUGAAAAUCCCACUGUUCUCCAUACCAUCCAGUCACGAUUCAGUGUUCGGAAUGUUCCAUUGUCUUUUCCUCCUUCUGAAAAUCUUACUGUUUUCCAUGCCAUCCAGUCACUAUCCAGUAAUCAGAAUGCUCUUUUGUCAUUUCAUUAGCUCUGAAAAUUCCACUGUUCCUCAUGCCAACCACUCACUCAAUGUUUUGACUGCAAAGGCCAUAUCCAUGAAUCUUCUUACCUUGCACAGGUAUAAACGAGGUAUCCGAAACUUGGGGUACCAUGAAGUUUACAGUAUCAAAGUACAUGAAAGGCACACAGGAGCGUGGCUUUGUUAUUGGAGCAGUGGAUGAGAUCUUACAGAUACUGGAUGAUAAUGCUAUGAAUCUCCAGAGCAUGUCAGCAUCGCGCUUUGUUGGACCGUUCUUGGAGACUGUGAACAAGUGGGAGAAAAGCUUAUCACAUAUUGGUGAGGUCGUUGAGGUAAGGCUUGAACGUUAUGGGCAAAAUUUGGGCGGGGCAAAAUAGUUUGUUCAUGAGCCUUGAAUCUCACCAAUCGGGAUUUGACCCCUGGUAUAUGGAGUUGCCUUAUAAUAAUUUGUCUCAGUCGCAUAUGAGACGAGAACUUCCAGUUUGACUCUACCAAACACCACAGGGUUUUUCCAAGUACUUCGGUUUCUUUCUGUACUAACUCUCGACCAAUAAUAAGGGAUAGCAUUUACUUGACUUCUAGGGACAACAGUUUAGAACUGAUAGAACUAUCCAGUAUAAAUAAAGCUAGUUUACUACACUCAUGUAGUAACACUGGAACAAUAAGGAUGGUUUUACUGGAUCUCUAGAGAGAACAGUUUAGAACUGAUAGAGGUAUCCAGUAUAAAUAAAAGUAAUUAAGUUUAGGUUUCCUCCUGUGAAAAGUUGUAACACUGGAUUUUAAGUUGGUUUUGUUAUGAAAACAUUGAUCGAACAUUCUCUCCUGUAGGUGUGGAUGGUAGUUCAACGCAAAUGGAUGUAUUUAGAAAGUAUUUUUAUUGGAGGAGAUAUCAGAUCUCAGUUGCCUGAAGAAGCAAGAAAGUUUGAUGAAAUUGAUAAGACGUUCAAAAAGGUAAGCUUUGAAAAUUCAAGAAGAUGCUUGAACUUUGAAUAGUUAAUGCUACUACAACAAUAUAUCGCUGUCCAAAUUCGUCCAAAUGCUCUCGAUGCUCUCAGUGAAGAGGAAAUGUUUCAUGUUAUUUUGUAUUUAAAGAUUAAAUCAGUGUUGUAGUUCCUAGCAAUUUACCUUACUUUUCCAUUUGCCCAGAUCAUGAAUGAAACAGCGAAGAAUUCGAAAGUCCUGGACUCGUGCCACGCGGCCGGAAGACUGGAAACAAUGCAAAGUCUGGUGAAUGGAUUGGAGAAAUGUCAGAAAAGUCUGAAUGAUUAUUUGGACUCCAAGAGAAAUGCAUUUCCAAGAUUUUUCUUCAUCUCUGAUGACGAACUGCUGUCAAUUCUUGGAAGUCACGAUCCGACCUGCGUGCAAGAACAUAUGAUUAAGGUCAAUUGUAGAAUUCCAGGAAUUUAGUAGCACAGUUGCGUUAGGCCAUAUGUCUUUCACUUCUGUGACCAGCGUUUGCAGGAUUUCCAGUAGAAUUUAGAGUAGGAGGUUUCUUGAAAGAAGUAGACGACUAUAUAGUGACCACAUAGACAGUGUACCGAAGGCAUAUCAACGAUGGAUAUCGAUUUCGAUAUCAAUGUCCAUUAAUCCCACAAAUUUUCGUGUUAAUACGUUUGAUAUUUUAAGGUAUCGUGCUAACACACACAGACACUCAUACAAGCACUGGAAUUUUUUUUCCAAAUCUUCACUAUGGAAAUAGUAUAUGGAUCUUGGUUGGAAUUAGUAUGGAAAUCCAAUUUUCAUACUAGUUUCAAUUUCUAUAUUAUGUAGUAGAUAAUUAGAUAUAGUAUGGAAAUAAUAUGGAUAUACUAUGGAUUUAAGCCCUGGGCAAACUAGGAAACAUUGUUGCGGAAACAUUUGUGAUUCUCGAUGUUUCCUCAAAUGUUUCCCUGUUUGCCCACCCGUGGAAACAUUGUUGCGGAAACAAAAUUCGCUUCCCGAGAGGCAAAAAUGUUUCGUAGCGAAUUCAGAAACAUUUGAUGUUUCUCUAUGUUUCUCACUAAUGUUUCCUAGUGUUUGCCCACUCUUGGAAUCAUGGCGAAACGUUGGUAGGAAACAAUGUUUCCGCAACAAUGUUUCCUAGUUUGCCCAGGGCUUUAGUGAUGCAAUUGCAAAUUACAUAGUAUGGAUUUCACAAUUUUUUCCAGUGAAACGUGGAUGAAAACGACCUUACCUUCUGACGGAGGCAAUAAUUAAGUUACUUUAAACCGUAUAAGAAUUAAAGUUUUACCACCGUUCUCCCCUCUUUCAGAUGUUCGACAAUAUUUCAAGUCUUCGUUUCCAAAGCGGUUCUUCAAACGAAACUGUAGCUACGGCAAUGAUCUCGGGUGAAGGUGAAGUGAUGCAGUUCAGGCAAGCUAUUGCCACAGAAGGCAGGGUUGAAGACUGGAUGACUAAUGUUUUGAAUGAGAUGAGACGAACCAACAGACUGAUCACAAAAGAAGCGAUCUAUAAGUACUGUGAUAAUAUUGAGAGGUUUGUAUAUCCUUAGAACCAUUAUUACGAGGAGAACCUUAUAUACUCGAUAUCCGGUAUCCAGCUGGAUAUUUUUCAACUAUCCGGUAUAACGCUUUGUCCGGUGGACCCGUAACCACUGUGCGAUCAAAAGCCCGUUAAAUUGCCGAUAGAUGAAAUAAUGUGUACGUUUUCAUAUUUCUGUAGGGUUGACUGGAUGUUAUCUUACCAAGGCAUGGUAGUGUUGGCUGGCAAUCAGGUUUGGUGGACAUGGGAGGUUGAAGAUGUUUUUCAGAAAGUCAAGAAAGGCGACAAGAUGGGAAUGAAAAAUUACGCCAGGAAAAUGCACAAACAAAUUGAUGAACUGGUUGUCAAGGUACGUAAUACUCUGUGUUUUUAUGUAUAGGGUAGGGAUUUCAAAACAAGAUUUUGCUGGCAUCUCACUCGAUUGAAUAAUAGUUGAAAGGCAUUGUAGUUUGUAGAUGGAAAUUAUCGAGUGGAAAUUUAUACACAUGCAUUUAUUAAACCUAGAACUUUAGGUCCCGGACAGGAAUCGAACCUGCGGCCCUGCGAUUCCGGUGCAGUGCUCUAACCAACUGAGCUACAGAGGGCUGUUCGAAAAAGAUGACAAUAAUUGAUAAAUUAUUUCUAGUCACUAUUUAUUUCAUUGCCUACUUAUAUCUUGUUUAGAUCCGUUCUAAUUUGUCGCAAAACGAUCGCAAGAAAUUUAACACAGUGUUGAUCAUUGAAGUCCACGCCCGAGAUAUUAUUGACAGAUUUGUCCGGGACAGGUACAGAGCCUUAGAUUUAGAUUUAGGUUUGGACAGGGAUAGAUCCAACCAGGGGAUUGUCAGCUCAAUUGUCCAGUUAGUUG